AUGAUUGACAGUGUCAAUCAUACUGAGUUUGAUGGACCGGAACCAUGCCCAUAUUUCCAAUUUUGGUUGUGGAGACUACUACAACAGGCUAAAACCAUGAAUGCAAGCUGGCACUUUCUGACCCCUUGGUAUGCCGCCCUCUAUCGCCAACUGGUUGAAUGGUGGGGGCCGGAAUCUGUGUUUCCAGCCCUGCGUGCAUCAUGGCUUACUCCCUCGGACCCAGAUACAUCUCAAGUGGGGGUCUUGUUCGUGAUCAAGGUCUCCUAUGGGGAUCGUGUGCAGUGGCAGCGCCUUCGCGAGUCGGUCGAGAUCUUUUCUCCCCUCGCGAUGACCAACAAUGCCGCAUUCAUCAAGUUGAUGGAGAGUUAUAUGGAGCCUAAGAAGCGGCACGAGUUUGUGUCUCAUCCAGACUUUUACUGCCGCCCCAAGUGGGAGUUCUGGUUCGCACAUGCAGAUAUCCUCUCCUCAGCUAAGUUGCCAUCCACGUGGGGAAGCUUACUCGGCUGUUCAGAUGAUCCGUGGGAGUACUCUCGAGCGUUUUACGCGGCUUUACAAAAGUUGAGGGCAUUGGGAAUCGAUGAAACAAGCAGAAGACACUUGAGUGAGUUGUCUACAGUGCGUUGGGAAUGUGAAUACCCAAUUUACCCGGACUUUCAGAUCUCGGGGAGUCAGCGACUUUGUGAGCCGCCGAAUUUGAGAGUGCUGUCAGCGCGAGUGUUUUUCGACGCUAACGUCCCGCUUGAUAUCCAGCUUCGCGUGGGUUUGAAUGCAUGGGAGCACUCUCAUACACUCUCAAAUGACGCGAUCUCCCGGUACAUUGAAGCGGGUGCGCUCAAGGCUGUUGUGCACAUUCCAGUUUACAAGAAGGAAUAUUCCACGUAA